AUGGAAAAUUGCAGUUACAGCGCCGAGUUCAACAGAGUGCCACGGAGCAUCGCCGAGCUUUCCGAUGAGGAACUUGAGCAAGUCCAGCUCGCUCGAAAGACUGUAUUCAGCCGUUCCUCUUCGGUGUCCAGGGCUCCGGUUCUGUGUUUGGAUGCAGGAGAUUACUUGUUGAGCCACUUCUUCAAUAACGUGUAUCUCACUCUGUUUUUCGACUGUAUACGCAUCGAUCAUGAUGUAUGGCUCUCCCAAGUCCAGGAAAUCAUCAAUACUUGCCAAUUUGCACGACAAGCAGUCAUGUCAGUUUCCGCAAUCAAUCUGUGCCUCGUUGGUGGACCUACACAAACCCCGGGGUAUGACGACCUGGCUUACGGGUAUGCUAUUAGCGGCUCUGAGUUAUUCAGAUCGUGCGUCACAGACAUCACUCCACAGAAUGGGUGGCAGACAGUCGUCUUUGCAGUUCUGUCUGCUAUAAUUGCGCUCUGCGCUCCAUUCAUCUGCUCUGGGAAUCGUGACGAAGGGCUGUCUGAAACCGAGAGAUUGCGACCAGCAGAUUUCGUGCUGCUUCUUCGGUCCACACAUGGGAUUGUGCCAGCAAUGGAUUGCCUCUUUCAAGAACCUGCGUUCGGAGAGUGGCUCCCGGACGGCAUUGAUGACACUGUCCUGGAUACAAACCCUGCUUUCACCCUUGUCAAGAAAGACACGAUUGAAAGCCUUGAUUCGUUGCGAAGGCGACUUGCUGUAUGGGCAGGGUCCCGUACUCUUUCAACCGAAGUUGUGUCUCAAUACGAAGAGACUAUUUCUGCGUUGCGCGACUGGAUCUGGUCACUGUCUACAAUGCCACCGAACUGGAAAAGUCUGACCGUUUGGCCAUCGAAGAUUCCAGUGAGUUACAUCGACCGUCUCCAAAAGCGUUGUCCCAUAGCCUUGGGGAUUUUGGACACAUGGUGUUCGAUUGUCAAGCAAAUCCCAGAGCGGUGGUAUUUUAAACCAUGGUUGGACGCGAUACAUAGCAUGGCAUUAAUAGAAUGUCCCCGUACCGUCGCAUCAUUGGAAGCUGAUUUCGUUGUUGCGGAGGAUUGA